AUGGCCAAGGCGGAAGCGGAAACGCGGGCCCAGUGGCUGGCGCGCGCCGGCUCUGCCAGCGGUCUCCAUGGCGGUUGUGUUGUGCCCCCCGGGGCACGAGGCGGGAUCGGUGCGCGGCCGUUGGCGGGCGACUGCGCGAGGGCACGGCGGGCGUUGGCCCAACGUCCGCAAGCGGCAACCGGCCGCGGCGGGAUGGAGGGGGUGGUGAGGGAGCGACCGCUGCGCUCCAGGGCUCCCCCAAAACCGCCCCCGCGACCCCGCUGCCCUCCGCAGUCCACCCCGAAGGAGGAGGCUAAGGUCCCGUUAAUCAAAAUCGAGAAGCCCGACCCGGAGGCGGGAGAUGCCCCGGACGGGAGAGAGUCAGGCGCCCAGUUCAGGUGCUUCCCAGCUCCGGAGACGGUUAAAGAGGAGACCCAUGGCACCAUCAAGAGGGAAGGAGACCACAAAUGGGGCGGUGUAGAAAGCCAGAACGAGGUGAAGGUGCUGGAGGAGUGGGAAAAUGGGAAGAAGCCCUGGAGCGCUAUCAAAGUGGAAACUCCUGAGGUGGCUUCUGAGACCUGGAGGGUGAAGAUGGAAAAGGGGGAUGGCCCGGAAAAGGAGGAUGCCCUGGCUGGCUCCGUGUGUAGACCUGCGCAUGCCAGCACUGAUGCCAUCAAAGCGCAGCAGCGUGAGGGGUUUGGGUUCCUCCCUGAAAAUCGGAAGAUUCCAGUUGUGGUUCAGCCCUUGCCUCCUGGCACCCGCAUACAGAUCCAUGGCCCUGUGCAACCAGAGCUCAUGCGUGUGACUCAAGUGCCAGAGAAACAAGUGCCGCUUAAAUUACAGCCUUUACUGGCACCUCCAGUAAAGAUUGAAACUAGAAAUGUGCCCCUCACCGUACUGCCCUCUGAUUCAGGAAUGCCAGAUACUCCAUUUGGCAAGGACAAAAGUGGCCACGUAAAGCGUCCGAUGAACGCAUUUAUGGUGUGGGCCAGGAUUCAUCGGCCUGCUCUAGCGAGAGCUAACCCUAAUGCAAACAAUGCAGAAAUCAGUGUUCAGCUUGGACUGGAGUGGAGCAAACUGACUGAAGAGCAGAAGCAGCCCUAUUAUGAUGAAGCUCAUAAAAUUAAACAAAAGCACAGAGAGGAGUUUCCUGGUUGGGUUUAUCAACCACGACAAGGCAAAAGGAAGCGUUUUCCUCUGCCUGUCUCUGCUGUAUUUUCCAGUGCUUCUCAGAGCAUCAUUGCUACAAAUCCAGCUGCCAUUUGUCCCUUCCAGUCACCUGCUUGUUCAGUCGUCAUCCCCAAUGUUCAGAACAGCAUUGGACAUGCAGUCUGUGGGGCUCCUCCUGCCAUCCGUCUGCCGGCUUCUUCCCUUCAACGUGCUGGUCCAAUUACUUUUUUCCAGACUACUAGUACAAGCACCACAUCAGUGGUUGUUCCAGCUCCAACCCUGCCCCUGUACCCUGUAAUUUCACCACAGCACAUUGCUGAACCUGCUCAGAGAGAAGCUCUUAAUGCAGCAUCAGGGCUCAAUUGCUCUCUGAAGAGACUUACACCAGUUUUCACUGAGAGCUUUAGCAGAAACCCAAGUAACAUAACCACCACUAAUGGCAGAUUUUCUGUCUGUAAUAUUGAGCCCCCAAAGGAGUACCCAGGGCUUGCUAUGUUUCCUAGAGCUGUACCUCUUCCCCAACCUACCCCUUUUCUUCCCUCACAUAUCUAUGAGUCUCCUCCCAUUGGUCAGCCAGCCAGCCUGUUUGGAGUACCUCCUCGGUUUCCAUUCUACCACCCUUACAUUGUGCCUGGACCUCACUAUUUCCCUUCAAGCACAUGUCCAUUCAGCCGGCCUCCAUUUGGCUUUGGGAACUUCUCCAGCCCAGUGCCUGAAUGCCUUGGCUUUUAUGAAGACAGAUACCAAAGACAGGAGGCGAUGUUUUCACCUUUAGGCAGAGACUAUCCUUUCAAGGAGUACCCAAAAGAAAAUAUACAUGAGAACCUUGAACCAGUUCCAUGUCACAGCAGCUGCAACGCAGAUCAGUAUUCCAGCCCCCUACCGCAGCUGGAUGUUGAAGUAUUGGAAGAGGUUUUGUCAAUCACUUCAUCUCCCUCCAGCAUCCACCUAGUCAAUGUAACUGACAGUGAUGAGGAAGAAGUAAAGUUGUUGCAAGAAUUGUAG